UCACUAUCACCGUAGAUUAGAUCCUCAUUGGGCAUGCGUCUACACUCUUCCAACAUGGCGCCGAUUGGAGAGAAGUCUGCGAAGGCAUCGUCAGCGGAAAAGGAGAAUGACGACGACGAACCUCAAAAUUUAUGGACGUCCAUAUUGAGCGAAGUUUCUUCGCAUUCGAGCUCGAAGUUGCCGUCAUGCAAAUCCAUAUUGGUGUUGGGUGAAGAUGAGACGGGAAAGACAACCUUGUUAUCCAGAUUACAAGGAGUUGAGGACCCUAAGAAAGGCUAUGGAUUAGAGUAUCUUUACCUUGAUGUCAGGGAUGAAGACAGAGAUGACACAACUCGGUGUGGUGUAUGGAUAUUAGCAGGGGAGAACGAACACGAAGACUUACUACGAUAUGCCCUAACAGCAGACAACCUAGAGCAUAUGCUCGUUAUUAUUGCAGUAGACAUGUGUAGGCCAUGGAAUAUCAUGGACUCACUACAGAAGUGGACGCAAGUAAUCAGGAGGCAUGUUGACUCACUCAGAAUCCCACCAGAGAAGUUACGAGAGCUGGAACAAAGAUUGGUACAACAAUUCCAAGCAUACACAGAGCCUGAGACAGGGCAAGACUCGUCCGUCACGAGGAGAACGUCCGGUGUCACCAAGCCCACAGGGGCCGAGGAUGAAGAGGCAGUAGUGCUUCCUCUAGGUGAAACCACUCUCACACACAAUCUAGGUGUUCCAAUCGUUGUCGUUGUGACCAAGUCGGACUAUGUGAACACAUUGGAAAAGGAACAAGACUACAGCGAUGAACAUUUAGAUUUCUUACAACAGAACGUCCGGAAGUUCUGUCUAAAUUAUGGUGCAGCUUUAUUUUAUGUAUCUGUGAAAGAGAACAAGAACUGUGAUCUGUUGAACAGGUAUCUUCUGCAUAGGUUAUAUGACUUCCCGUUCAACUCAGCAGCACUGGUAGUAGAGAAAGAUGCCCUGUUUGUGCCUUCAGGGUGGGAUAAUCUACAGAAGGUCAGUAUAUUAUACGAGAACAUGGCCAACAUAGAUCCAGAGAAACCCUACGAUGAAGUCAUCAUCAAGCCAGUCGUCCGGAGGUUACUCCAAGAUAACAAGGAGAUCAUAGCUGAAGAUGAGCAGGUAUUCCUCAUGAAGCAACAGGCAACCAUCAGGAAUGCAGCACAAGGCAAACCAGGGCAGGAGGCCUCCCCUAGGGCCGCAGACCCAAGAGCAAUGAGAACACCGGAAAAGAGAAACCCAACCAACGCCCCUGCUGCGUCGCCAAUCACAACACAAGGAAAACCAAAACAGAUUGAUCCAGGCAAACCAGGUUCUGCCAAUGAAGGUGUGCUAGCAAACUUCUUCAACAGUCUACUUAGCAAGAAGAGCGUCAACUCACCUGCCCCAGGUAGCCCGAGGACAGGUAACGGUGGUGAGAAGGCGGUACGGAACGAUGCAGCCGCAGAGCUUGACAGAAUGACAAGAGGAAGGAAACCUGUCGCAGGCACAGCUCCAAGCUCAGACGUCUCAUAAGACAGACCAACAUAAUCAGCUAACCCUCAACUCUUCUAGUAAAAAAAAAGACACUAUAUCUUCUUACAUGCAUCCAUUGAGGUCAAUUCCCUUAUAUACUAAAUUAUCAAAAAGAUGUCUAACUUGGCGCAAGAGGCUACAUUCCUCGCAGCAACAGCUUGACUGUAUCCUUUCAUCGUUGACAUGGAUUCAUAGAGCAGUGUGGUGGCUGUUGAUUGUUGCAUCUGACUGACUGUGUAGGUGCGUCUGCAGGUUAAGAUAUUCAGCAUUGCCCAUAUAUGAUGCUCAUAUUACAUCUCAAUCUAUUAAGACAUGAUUGAAUCCUUUCACCAUCGAAAAGUUUCCCUCAGAGCAGGGAGGUGGCUGUUGAUCGUUGCAUUGAUUGGCUGUGAAGGCAUGUCAGAAGGCUUGUGGUCUGUGGCAAACUACAUAGAGCAUUCCUGGUACAUCAAGCUCUGAUUAGCCUUGCGUAAAGCUGGCAUUGUAACUCGGUCAAACUGUUUCCUGUAAUGCAAAAUUCGGGACAACGUUUUGGGUGUUCACUGCAUUCUGUUUGUCGAUGAAAAGCUCUGAGAGAGAGAGAGAGAGAGAGAGAGAAAACUCUCCUUGUCUUUUCAUAUCUGACUACAGAUGCACAGAAGCUUGUUACAAGAGUGUUGCAAGUAUAUGUCUCAUAAUGCCACCACUGUGUAGCCUAGAGCAGUGAACUGGAGUGGGGGUGCCAAACAUACAAUUCCAUUUUGUUUUAUUUCAGUUGCACAGGAAAGGAAUAAGUACUGUUUUGACCAUGCAUGGUGUCUCUUCAUGGUCAUUGUAAUCUGGCUAUGCAGACAUUGUAAAGGAGUAUAAGCACCAGUAUUGCACUCUGUAAUUCAAUCAGUCCCACAAGAUAAUAGCCCUAGCUUUCCAUAAAUUAGAUCUUAACACUAUGAUGCACUCAUUCACCUUUUCCACCCUUCAAACUUUACGAUUUGACACUUCCAAGAACUCUGAUUUUAAUAGUAUGGACAAAGCAAAGCAAUCAGCAUGAAUGUUGUCCAAACUGUCCGGCCAUGCCUAAGCUGUGUAAACAUUAUAGCAAUGUAUGCCAUCAAAGGGUUUGCCCACCGCUCUUACUUGUGCCAUUUACAAGAGUAUCAAUGAUGUAUGCCUUUAAGUGACGACAGUUCCUGUGAAUGUAUACUAUAGAAAUGUUAGAAAAUGAAGGAUUGUAACCAAAUCAUGUAAAUUAAUAGGCUUUCCAAUACUGCUUUGAAAAGAAACUUGUAGAUGUUGGAGUAAUAUUGUUCAUGUCUGUCAGUACCUGUCUAAGUCUAGAGUAUCAGAGUCUUGCAAAUAAAAAUGUUGUAUUUUUUAGGCAAAGGAAUGAAUAAAAUAGAGUUUCAUGCUCUAUCAUGUUUUAUAUCCUUUCUGGAUAAGGUCCACUAUCAUUCCCAUCUGAUGAACAAGUAUAAAAGUAAAGGAAGUUUUUAAUGCCAAGAUAUUUUGGUAAAUGGCCCAGCAAGAAUGGUAUCAGGCAAAUUCAUAAGACAUCUGUUUGCAUUUGCCAAUGGAUUAAUAGAUGUUUGCAAAAGGAACAGAAAAAAAACACAGAAACAUAGAAAAAGAUAUAAAAAAUUAUGGGUUUUUGUUUCCAGGUUACUGCCAAUUAUCCGUUUAUGAAGACCUCAUUGAAGAGUCCAGAAAAGAAUUUGAGCUGACAGUUUUGGUUCGGGAGGAGAAAUUUUCUUUAUUAUUGUACAGAAACAUGAGAUGAAAAUGAUAUUCAGGUUUGUGAGGUUAUUUUGUAUGAAAAGACUUUGUACUUAAUGUUAUGAUGUAAGUCAUCCACUCAACAAAUUUGUUGAUCAAGGGCAUGUGAUACCUAAAGUCCAUGACUUAUUCAAAAGAAAGUGAAAAUUAUGAUUAGCGGCAAGUGUUUCUUAGCAUCUGAACAGUAUAUUGAUAUUGAAUUAUAGUUGAUUGACAAUAAUACGAUAAUAGGGUUUUGACACGUCCAAGUAUUUUGGAUAUUUUUUUCUUCAAUUCUUCUAGACAAAAAGUCUUUCAAGAAAGUGAGAUGCUAUUGUUCUUCAUCUGUGUGACUGUUAUUCUUGCCAUAUUGAAGAAAUUAGACAAAAAAUACAGGUUAAAAAGUUGAAAGAUAGGAGCUUGAAAAUAGGAUCAGUAGGGGUUCUUUUCAGAGGAAUGAAGUAGGUUCCACAUAGUUAAACUUCAGUUUUUUUGUUUGGAUUAUGUGCCACAUUCAUUCAAAUGAGUUUUGUGUAUGAUUUCGGUUCUUUUGUUUCUGAGUUUGAAUGACUUGUUUUUUAAAUCUGUGCCAGUAUGAAAAUGUACAUGGGGAGAGUGUACUACUGUUGUGAAUAUUGAAUUUCAAAGAAGAAACAGAUCUAAUUUAUUUCUUACACAGUGUGUGUUGUCUUACUAGAUUAGGGACGAGUCUAUAAUUUUUUUUUGUCAGCCAAUGACUGGUGAAAAUCGGGUAUCUUGAACAGUAAAUCUCUAGAACAAUCAAUCCUAAAGUCCUAGUAGUUAGCCCUUUGUGUUUGUAAAUUUACUCUUUAUCUAGAUAUGAACUCUAUUCCAUUAACAAAGAAAUUUGAAGUCACUUUAUUGAGUGAUGAUGAUAUGAUAUUGUGUAAUUAACAUUGUGUGAUUUUCCUGUCAAUUCACAUGGUAAAGCAGCUUUGCUCUUGGAAUAACUUGAAGAUUUAUGUUUGUGUUUGCUUGCUUAUUCAAAUUAGCUAUGGUUUGCUAUUACAUGUAUGUUUUAUCUCUAACUCUGCAAUGAGUGCAAUUGUAGAGAUAAAUCAUUACCAUGUCUUUUGUAAAAUUAUGACGUAUCGGGCUUGUUUUUCAACUCAUGUAGUAGUAAAGAAGUCUGAGUUACUGGAGUAACUAUUAUGAAUUAAGUUUGUAGCAGUAGAGGUACCGGUAAUUUGAUAUGGAAUGUAGAAAUCCGUAGCCACCCCCUGAUAAGUAAUCAUCAGUAAUGUAUAAUAAUGAUAAUAGCCAUUAAUAACUGGUAUACACGCCCUCAACGCCUUAAGUGCUAUAACAAUUAGAUCCACAAUAGAGCUAGCUAUUCAACAGUAUUUUUAAUCUGUAAUAAGGCUGUGUAUUUAUUUCUUUUCAACAAUUGGCAAAUUGGAUAUAUUAUCUUCUGAGAUGGCAAGAUGGAUUGAAAGAAUUUCUUUUAGUAGGGUUUCCUUUUUCGACUAGUUUUGCAAUUCUGUGUGUAACUGUAAUAUACUUAUUUAUUUUGUACAUGAUGUAGAAUCGAUACCUAUAGUAUAUAAUUCCUAAAUUUUAAAGAUAUAUUUGUGUACUUCACUGUAAUUCUUUCCUUUUCAUUUUUUGUUUAUCAUGACAUCACUCAAGCCUUCCAAAUACAGUCUGUGUGGAAAUGAAGUAGUCCAGGAAUGAUCCAGUCAUGAUUUACUUUAUUGUUGAAUCUUGUCUUAUUUGGAUUUCCAUUUCCCACCAGUUCUCUCAUUUCAUGAUGCAGCUUGUCCAAGACGUUGAACCUGCCCAAUAUCAAUGAUAUUCGCUGAUGAUAGCAAUGGUUGCAUAUUCUUCUCCAGGAAGAAUUUGAUGAAGGGAAAAGGGUUUAUCAGUAGACUGCCCUCUCCUGUUGAUGUUUAUGUAGAUGAAAAGGACUGUUUGGCUGUGUAUAAGGUUGAUGGAUGGAACCCUCUUUGUACAAGAUAUCAUUGAUUUUAUUGAAUGCUGAGAGCCAGAAGGGUGUUACGACUUCAUGUAUGUAAAACGAUAUGAGUUAAUGCCUUUUUGGCUCACAGAGGACAAUCUGUAUAAUGUCUCCUCAUAUCUGUGGCAAGGUUAAAGACCAUGUCUACUCCUUCCCCAAUGCUGUCUGCCACUCGGUCAGAAUCCUUGCUCAGAUAAACUGCGAUAAACCGCGAUAAACCAUGCCGUUUUUUUUCUUCUUCUCUUAAUGAUGAUGUUAAGUGUAAUAUGAUUCAAGUUUCUUGAUCUAGUAACACAAAGCUAUUCAAGUGAAUACAAGACCUUUUUUGUACACAGUUGCCGUUUAUUUCCCCUCCAACCCCCCCCCCCCCCCCCCUUCCCCCUCCCCCUCCAAACACUGCAGUUCUUUUGGGCGUUUUGCCACAUCAAAUAAUAGGGUAAUUUCAUAUUCUUGUCCUUACAUGCAUAAUUCUGUCCUCUCGUUUUAAGAUAUUAACAGAUCUAGUCAUAUCAUUUUAGCAAUGGUGGAAUGAAAUUAACAAUGCCAUGAAUGAAUACAAUUCCAUCUUAGUCUUAUGUUAUGACAAAGAACAAAUUAGUUGAUCUAUGUGAAUGAUAUUAGUUUUUAGGAAACUCUUCUACUUCCUUUUCAGUUUAGAUAACUAUUAUAAAUUUUUCUCUAAUCUUGCAAUUUUGUACAUUCAUUUUUUUUCUCCAUAGAAAUAUAUAUAUAUGUAUUUAUGUUUUUGUAUGUUGUCUACAAUUUUAGAUUUCAAUGGGAAGUUGUGACAUUUAUUUUGAUGUAGGGAGUGACUUAAGCAGGGUCUCAAAUUUCUCUAGAUGACUAUCUCGUGUUCCUUUGUAAUAUUCCUGAGAAUAGUUUGAUUUCCUUUUGAAGAUCAACUAUGAUGGUAACACUUUGCUGGAAUUCAUUUGCUUUCCCAUAAGAUACAAUUCCAAAGAAAUACCUUUUUAUUCAAUAUCUGCUUUGUGAAGUCGUGAUUCUACAGAAAAUAUUGAUAACAUGGUCUUCAAGACUGUUUAAAAAAAAACACCUUUAGAACACUAGCAUUACUUUGUUGUAUUGCAUAUUGAAAUUGGAAAAUCUUGGUUUGAUUAUAUACAUGUAAGAGGUUAGUGUUAGAUUCAGACAUUUUGGUAGGUAGUGCUUUCUUUGAACCAUGUUUUUGUCUGAGUUCUACAGUCUAGUGCAAGCCAAACUUACCUUGGGACAAUGACACAUUAUACAUGCAUGUGGUAGCAGAGAAUAAUUUAACUUUGCAUGGAACACCUUUUAAGGUUGAUGCAUAUGAUUAUACCCACAAGGAAAAUAUCAAUAUCUUCAGGUUACCAAAAGAAAUAAAGUUUAUAUUGCCUUGGAAUGGCCCAUAUUAAUGUUUUCUUUCUGUUUUAUAAAUCCACACAUUUGCAUGUUUAUAUUCACAAGAAUACAUCAGUCUGGUUAUGUUGCAGUAAUGAGUUUGCAAUAAUUCAUACAUGUUUUAUGUAUAAAAAUGCAAUAUACAGUCAACAACUUAAUUAUUCAUACCCCUUGCAAAUAUAAGGUUUUUGUGUUUUUCCUAAGUCAAAAAUGAAAGUUGGACUGGUUGAAUUAAAACCUUUGUUGAAUGCUUUUACGUGUAAGCUUUAAUACGUCCCAUUUUCAAGAAACUUAAAGCUGGACGUAUCAAGUUUUCACAUACCUUAAAAUUAAAAAGGAUCUGAAUAAUUCAGUUGUUUACUAUGCAUGUACCGAGUGACCUGUUUGACUCGAACAUUACUGUAUGUCCCAGUGUUUUGCAUCUCUAUUUUUGCUGUAGUGAAUGUUUUUUAUCUGCUAGUCUGUGCUCAGCACCAAACAAGUAUUGAUUGAGUAAUCAUAAGGUACCACAGUAUGGACUUUCCAUUGGUCCAACGAGUCACUGAUCUUUACCAGAACACUUGUAAUCAAUUAUAGAUGUAAUAUUAGCCAGUGGGGGAGCAAGGCUUCUGCCAUCACAGAUUUAAAGGAGGAUUCUGAUUUCAACAUUUGAUUGCAACUUUAACGCAGUCUUACCACUAAGAGAAAAAAAUAAAUUGGGCUUAUAACUUCAUGUGCCAUGGCUCAUAAAGUGAAGAGGAAAUGUAACAACAGAUUUCUUAAUAGCCAUAAGUGAAGAACAAAGUGAAUGUAUUUGUGCACAGUUGAGCAACCAUAUUGUUUCUGCAAGUCAUUCCUGUUCAAGAACUUUAAAAUACAAAUACCUUACCAAAAUCUAUGAGGAAGACUUAUAAAAUUGUAAUUGUUUCCAUAUCUGUUAAAUAAAGUUGAGGAAAUGAUACUAACGUCCAAAUGAUAAAUUGUCUAAUCAUGCAGAGAGAGAAUGGAUCUUUGCAUUACCAUGUUAUUUCAAUUAUAUCUUGCAUUUCAAUGUAAUCUAAGAAUAUGAAAGGAAUGUGGCUGUAAAUCUUGUAAUACUAGAUUUGUAAAUACAUAUAUGUGUACUUGUGAACAUUUAUCUUUCCUUUUUAUUUUCAGCUCGACCAAUGUAAAAUUUGUAAUAUAUUAAUGGGCUGAACGAUGCAACAAAACAUACCACGCUUUUGUUAUUCUUUUAUGCCAAGACUAAAGUGGAGAAUGAAAGAGAAAUUGUGAAAUAUAUUUAUCAGGCGAAUUUCUGGAAAACGAAAAUUAUUAGACCCGGCAAGUGCAAAUUUAGUGGGUAUGGAUGAUUUUGUUCAUCUUUAGGAAUACCCUUGCUUAUAUUUUGAGGGGAAAAAAUGAUGAAAUAGAGAUCACUUGAUUAAAAUAAAGCGUAACUCUGUGCACAAGCGGUUUGGUUAUUCUGCAUCAUCAGCAUCAAUCAAAACAAUUAAAUAUGAUUUACUUGUUGCUUCUCCUUGCUCUUUGAAUUUAAUGGAGGAGAAAUUAUUAAGUGCAAAUUUAAUAUCUCAGAAUGCAUGAUCUAUAUUGUAAUAUAAACUCUGUGUGUAGCUCUCAAAAUGUAGGUAAAAAAAGGUAUUGUGCUCGUGUAGAAAUUGUAUUACAAAAAAGCUAAUAAUAUGUCGUAUGGAAUAAUCAUAUGAAAAGAGGUAAAAUAAAAAUUUCCAGUAAUGGUAACAAGCAA